UGACGUAAUGAGAUUAGUUGCAUAGCAACGAGACAACAACAUGGCGGAGCAGGUAUACACCACUGGAAGCAAGUAUAUUGGCGAGACUAAACUGGGAAGAAUGACAGGUUUUGGUGAGUAUAUUUUUAGCACUGGGACUGUCUACAAGGGACACUUUAAAGAUGGAAUGUUUCACGGAAAGGGAAAGCUGAUAUUUCCUAAUGGAGGAACAUUCACAGCAGAUUGGGUCAAUGGUGAAGCAGUGACACCACAAUCAGGGAAUGGAGGAGUGUAUACGUUUAAAGAUGGUUUAAAGCAUGACGAAAUAGCUUGGAAUUACUGCCAAGAGAAAGACAGAAGAUUCUACACAGAGAUAUGCAACGGACUAAAACCUGCAGGGCGUACACAGAAAAGAGAUGACGAUUCAAUAGAUAGAACAAUACCACUAGGUUGGUUUGAUACUGGAGAUGGAAUGUACAAUCCUGAGAAUCACGUCAUACACAAAUACGGAACUGAAGAAUUCCUUAGACAUGCAGAUCUUAAUGAACAUGAAUGGAUAGUGUCCACAUGCAGAAAAGGAGUGAAGCCGAAUGACCAGCUAGGACCUAAUGGUCUUUAUCAAUAAAUGAUGUAAUAUUUUUGUUCAAUAAUGUACAGUUUUUGUUGCAAAUAAACCUUUCAUUUCUGCAAAAA